AUGGCGGCGCGCGUCAAGCGGGAGCCUCGCAGCCCGCAGCCGUGGUCGGGCUUCCCGAUGGGCGCGCCUCGCGGAACGGCCGGCUGGGGGCGGGUGAAGCGGGAGCCCGCCGAGGAGAUCGCGGUCAAGCAGGAGCCCGAGGAGGAGGAGGAGGAGGCGGAGGGCGGCGACACGGAGCCCACAGUCUCCCUUCAGGGGGUCUGUGUGGAGGAUCUGGGCCGACCUCUCCAGGAAGGGGUGCCACGGAGAGAUCCUAGGCCCCUGGAAACCGGCAGUUCUAGCCCACCAGGCAUUCUGGUAGUUGGAACCGUACUGUUUCUGAUUUAUUUCCCUUUUUCAGUAAAGUAUGGUCGAUUUGAUCCAGAAGAUCGCCGGAGCAGGCAUUGUCCAUACCUGGACACCAUAAACAAGAGCGUCCUGGAUUUUGACUUUGAGAAGCUGUGUUCAAUCUCACUCUCACAUAUCAAUGUCUAUGCUUGUUUGGUGUGUGGGAAAUAUUUCCAGGGCCGUGGCUUGAAGUCCCAUGCUUACAUUCACAGUGUCCAGUUCAGUCAUCACGUGUUCCUCAACCUUCACACCUUGAAGUUUUAUUGCCUGCCGGACAACUAUGAGAUCAUUGACUCUUCUCUUGAGGACAUCACUUAUGUACUGAAGCCAACCUUCGCCAAGCAGCACAUCACCAGUUUGGACAAGCAGGCUAAACUCUCACGCGCCUAUGAUGGCACCACAUACCUGCCAGGCAUCGUGGGAUUGAAUAAUAUCAAAGCCAACGACUACGCCAAUGCAGUUCUCCAGGCGUUGUCAAAUGUCCCUCCCCUGCGGAAUUACUUCCUGGAGGAAGAGAAUUACAGGCACAUCAGGCGUCCUCCGGGGGACAUCAUGUUCCUGCUGGUUCAGAGGUUUGGAGAGCUGAUGAGGAAGCUGUGGAACCCACGGAACUUCAAAGCUCACGUCUCCCCCCAUGAGAUGCUGCAGGCCGUGGUCCUGUGCAGUAAGAAGAACUUCCAGAUCACCAAGCAAGGUGAUGGAGUUGACUUUCUUUCCUGGUUCCUGAAUGCCUUGCACUCUGCUCUCGGGGGGACAAAGAAGAAGAAAAAGACCAUUGUAACCGAUGUCUUCCAAGGCUCCAUGCGGAUAUUCACCAAGAAAUUGCCACACCCUGAUCUGCCUGCCGAAGAAAAGGAGCAGCUGCUCCGGAACGAGGAGUAUCAAGAAAAAAUGGUGGAGUCCACUUUCAUGUACCUGACCCUGGAUCUCCCCACCGCUCCCCUCUACAAGGAUGAGAAGGAGCAGCUCAUCAUCCCACAAGUUCCCCUCUUCAACAUACUGGCCAAGUUUAAUGGAAUAAUGGAAAAGGAAUACAAGACUUACAAAGAGAACUUCCUGAAGCGCUUCCAGCUCACCAAGCUGCCCCCUUACCUUAUUUUCUGUAUCAAGAGGUUCACCAAGAACAACUUCUUUGUGGAAAAGAAUCCCACCAUUGUCAACUUUCCCAUCACGAACGUAGAUCUCCGGGAAUACCUCUCUGAGGAAGUGCAGGCAGUGCACAAGAACACCAUCUACGAUCUCGUCGCAAACAUUGUGCAUGAUGGCAAACCUACUGAAGGAGCCUACCGGAUUCAUGUGUUGCAUCACGGCACAGGCAAGUGGUAUGAGCUGCAGGACCUGCAGGUGACCGAUAUCCUUCCCCAGAUGAUCACGCUGUCUGAGGCUUACAUCCAGAUCUGGAAAAGGAGAGACAGCCAAGAAGAGAGCCACCAACAAGGAACGUGAACUGUGUGUGGAACAGGCCCAGCUAGAGGCUGGAACAUUGCUGCAAAGGCCGGUUGCCUGGGUCGCUUGGGGAAGCCUCUCCUGGUCUUCAGCUUUCUUUCUGCGUCAGGGGACGUCCUUGCCGGCACUUUGGUCCGGAUGCAGCACCAGCCUGUGGCUCGUCUCCGCUUCUCUGGGCCCCCGACUCCCAAGCCUGUUUCAUCCUUCGCUUGGAGAAGACCUUGCAGAGAGACGGGCGUUUCUGCUCCUCUCUGUGCAUUAAACAUGCAUGCUUGUUUUUCCCCCUAA